CAAAUUCUUCUCCCUUUCACAUCCUUAGAAAAUGCAUUAGUUGACCAUGGUGAAGAAAAAGAGACACAGACCGAGCGUUCACACUUUGAUCCUAAACAAUAUAUAGCAUCAAUGAAGCAGGCAAAAAAUUUGCAGGAGCCUAAGCAAGCUUUGCUUUUUCUAACCCUCUUCCCAAAACUCCUUUCAAAUCUUAUCUGAAAAUGUCUAAAGCCCAGAUAGCUUUGUCAACAGCAGCCUCACUUGCUGCAUCUGCAAUGCUAAUUCGGAGCAUUGCCAACGACAUUUUACCCUCCGAAAUUCAAGACUACUUGUAUGCCGGCCUGUACAGGAUUUCGCGCUGUAUGUCUUCUCAACUCACCUUUGUUAUAGAGGAGAUCCAGGGACUCGCCAUGAACCAGGUCUUUGAGGCAGCCCAUUUGUACUUGGGUGCGAGAGCCAACGCCACUUCAACCCAGAGACUCAGAGUCGGCAAGACUGAGAAUCAGAAGACCUUUGGAAUCACCCUCGACAGAAAUGAAGAAAUUCUCGAUGUUUUUCAAAAUGUCAAGCUGAAAUGGCGAUUUGUCUGUAUGCAAGUUAAAUCACCUUCAAUGUACGGACAUGGAAACAUGCAGGAUUAUAAUUCGUCGCUGCGAUCAGAAUUUAGACAAUAUGAGUUGAGUUUUCACAAGAAACACAAAGACUUGGUGCUGAAUCUCUACUUGCCACACAUAGUAGAGAAGGCAAAUGCAAUAAAAAAGGAGAGCAAUAUGAUUAAGCUUCACACUGUUAACUAUGACCGAUGGGAUUCAAACGACACCUUUCUUAAGCACCCAAUGACCUUCCAGACCCUUGCGAUGGAUGAAGAGCUCAAGAAGGAGCUCAUGGAGGAUCUGGAUAACUUCAUCAAUGGGAAGGAGUACUAUGAAAGAAUUGGCAGAUCUUGGAAACGUGGGUACUUGCUAUAUGGACCACCAGGCACCGGGAAGUCAAGUUUGAUUGCAGCCAUGGCUAAUCACUUGAAGUUUGACAUCUAUGACUUGGAUUUAACAGGCAUCGAAUCCAAUUCAGAACUUCGAUUUCUGCUGCUUAGCAUGCCCAGCCAAUCUAUGCUUGUCAUUGAGGAUAUCGAUUGCUCUUUGAAGCUGCAAAAUAGGGAAUCAGAGGAUGCAUCAGAGAAUCAAUCAAAGAAUCAGAGAGAAAACAAGGUUACACUCUCAGGCCUGCUGAAUUUUAUUGAUGGGCUGUGGUCAUGUUGUGGUGAAGAACGUAUAAUCAUAUUCACAACCAAUCACAAGGAAAAACUGGACCCUGCGUUGCUGAGGCCUGGAAGGAUGGACAGGCAUGUUCUAAUGUCAUACUGUAAUGCUUCUGUGUUGAAGCAACUUGUGUUCAACUAUCUGGGGAUUAGCCAUCAUCGUCUUUUUGAGAAAAUUCAAGAGCUGAUAAUGGAGGUGGAGGUUACUCCGGCGGAAGUGGCGGGGGAGUUGAUGAAGAGGAAGGGUGCUGGUGCUGACAUCUGUCUUGAAGGCCUUGUCAAAUUUCUUCAAGCAAAGAAGACUGAAUUAGAUAAAGUGGAAAACCAAGGUGAAAUAAAUUGAGUUUAGCAGCGCAAUAGAAGAAAAUAACGAAGCUUGUUCUGAGAUUUGCUUCUCAACCUGCAAAAACUUUAGCUUCUGCGAUCUUGCAUUAUAUAUAUCCACUCCCAGAAAUGCAUAUCACUUGAUUGUAACUUAAUUCCCCAUUGACAACAAGGUAUUGUUCUUAUUCUCCAUUGACAAUCACAAUCAUUUGACCCUUCAGCAUUA